UGAAAGGACCUCACCAAAGUGAGAAAUUUAACCAAAAGACAUCUCUAAAUUUAGCCGGAAGGGAAGUAAUCGUGGUAGUGGUUUGUUCAAAAAUAACAAAACAUUCACUAAUUGGAGGUAGAACCUGGCCUAUAAUGUAGAGCUCUAGUGUGGGAUGUAUAAGUAUUAAUAUAAGACUUUUAAAUCAAUUACAAUGCAGUGGCUACCACAGUGUAGCGCAGGCAGGCAAGAGAGAGCACGUAGUUAACAAGCUGCUACUGACAGAGCGAAAAGAAGUUACAAUUAAAGAGUCACUCAAUUACAGAUGAUCGAGUCAAGGAAUAACAGAUGAUCAUGGAUCAGAUAUGAGACAACAAAAAACAUUUUGAUCUAAACAGGAACAAGUCAUGGGCGAACUUCUUUCAUUAGAUGCAACUAUUACAAAGUUAGCAAGUUUAUAAAUAGAGCCUUGUUGACAGCAAGAGAGGAAGCGAUAUUAUUAUAUAAAGACAGUGAAAAAAAAACUUUGUCAUCAUCAUUAAAACUCUGUUUCGAUGCAUUUCUACGACACUUCAAUAAAACCAACGGGAGCAGCAAUGAAUUCACCGACUUUAGACAAUAAUCAUAAUAUGCCAGCGAUACAGAAAUUAGGAGCAAAGGCAGAAAAGGAAUUUGAUUGCAAAAACAGGAUCCACAGUCAAACAGUAGAAACAUCGUGCGGAUCAACAGGAAACAGUGGCAUGAAAAAUUGCAUAGAGACAAUGCAUCUAAACAAUACUAUGAAUGGAUGUUCUACAGAACAAUCUGUUAAAGAAAUAUGUUGCGGGUGUCAAGCCGUCAUUGAGGACCGAUUUUUACUCAAAGUGAUGUCCAACUCGUGGCACGAAAAGUGUUUGCAAUGUAGUAUUUGCCAGGAACCUCUAACAAGAUCAUGCUACGUCAAAGACUGCAAACUCUUUUGCAAACUAGACUACGACAAAUAUUAUGGGACAAAGUGCAAUGGAUGUCUUCAAACGAUCUCAUCGAAUGAACUGGUGAUGCGGGCGCUAGGCAACGUCUAUCACCUAAGAUGCUUCAUGUGUGUCAUCUGUGGACACCAAUUACAAAAAGGCGAACAAUUCGUCAUUAAAGACUCUCAGUUAUUUUGCCGAAUAGACUUUGAAAAAGAGUUCGCUUUAAUGCCAUUAAGCCCAAAGAGUGAUUGGCACCAUGAUAGUCUAAGCCCUGGAAGUGACUGGAACAGCAGUUACGAGGAAAAUGAUAGUGAUACAGCCAAGGGGCCCAAGAGACCCCAUACAAUACUCACAACUGCUCAAAGAAGGAAAUUUAAACAAUCUUUUGAGAUCACCCCUAAGCCUUCAAGAAAGGUACGAGAGGCGUUAGCGGCAGAAACUGGGCUGAGUGUGCGUGUUGUGCAAGUCUGGUUCCAGAAUCAGAGAGCUAAGGUGAAAAAGUUGGCGAGAAGGCUGCCUAAUGAUAAUGGUGAUGGUUCAAACAGAAAAACUGGUCAGAAAAAACGAAAAAUCAAAGAUGACGAUGACCAAGACGGUCAGAGUGUUACAGGGAGCAGUGGAUAUAGUAGUUUAACUCCACUUGCUGAGAACCACAACAGCCAGUUCACCCCACAACUCAGCCCUUUUGACCAACACCCUUCACACAAUUAUCCGCCACAUAUGAUGCAGAUGGGUGAACCCAUGUAUGCAGAUGACGGCAUGCCUAUGGAGACAUCUAUUGAGGGAAAUAUGGAAGAAAUGAUGAUGUCACAAGGUCAGCCCCCUACAUCAACAACAACUAAUGGACAUAUUAUACAUCCAAUAGACAAACUUUAUUCAAUGCAAAAUUCAUAUUUCAAUUCAGAAUAAAUCCUAUAGGAUUUGUUUAGCAUCGUAUCAAACUAGAUAGUAUUUAUAAUGCCUACACAGUAUAGAUCAAACUUUAUUCAGCCUAUACACUCACGUGACGACCAUUCAUCAAAAUAUAGAAGCACUGGAAACCCACAAGAUUAGUUAACGAUACAGUAUGUGAAGCCCACAACACAUAAAUUAUGACACAGUAUUUGAAACAACACUAUUGAUGACAAAAUACCUUAAAUCCACAACACUAAAUUGACGAUGUAGUGUACCUGAAAUGCAAGACACUCUAUUGACAACGCAGUACCUGAAAUCUGCAACACUAGAUUCACGAUACAGUACCUGAAAUCCACAAAUCGACAUAUGGUAUCUGAAACAUCACCAAAUUUAUGACAUGUAUCUGGUUUGAUAUUGUAACGCACGUUCUACAAACACCACAAUAUUAUAUCACAUGUACGUCCUAGUUAAAUUUUGCUACGAUCUUGUUUAUUUAUUAUAUGCCAUUUCUCUCAAAUUAAGCAAAGUAACAAAAUACUUGAUGUUUAUCUUGUAUUUUAUUUGUAAUUUGUGUCAACUAAAAUUGAAAUUUCAUUAUUUUGGGCAUUUGACAAACAUAACCGUUGCAAUAUUUUACUAACUUGUAUUCCUAGAUGUCACUACAUUAAAUGAAAAUGAAGUGAAAAUGCCAAGACUACUAAACUGAAC